AUGACUAUUUCUGAAGUACGUGAGGUCUAUCCAGACGGUGAUACACUUUUUAUACUUCGUCACUCUGGCGCAGCAUUCGCUACAGGCGGAUUCGAGGAUGAAUGGUCUAACUCCCUACCGGAAUAUCAGACGGAAGAAUCAAAGUGUUACGAAUCUUCCAUGAGGUUAGAGAUUCCUCAAAGUCACGAGUACGAGACCAUAUGCAAUCACUCGUCCUAUGCUCAAGCCAAACCAGAACCCCUACACCUACGUUUCAAGCUCUCUUCAACGGUCCUAAUUGAUACCUCGUCCUACUUCAAAAAGUCCUUGUCUAAUGAUUGGAAUACAAUAGAGCCCGAGCCUGGCUAUAAGUGGACGCUCGUGGCGAACGACUGGGAUGGCGAAGCAUUUUUCUUACUGAUGAGCAUACUUCAUAACAAACCACAGUAUGUUCCUCGUAAGAUAGAACUUGAGAUGUUGGCGAAAGUCGCUGUGCUAGUGGACUACUACGGUUGUCACGAGGUAGUGCAGCCGUGGGUAGAAAGAUGGCUCUUGAACUCAUAUAUAGCAAUGGUCGAGCCCUAUUACUCGAGGGAGCUACUUCUCAAGAUGAUGAUAUCUUGGGUCUUUUCCGACAGGAAUUUAUUUCGUCACGUCACUGAGAUCGCGAUCCGCACGAGUAGAGGACCGAUACAUACACUGGGCUUACCAAUACCUAAAACAGUUGUUGACACUAUCGAGGGUCGCCAGUUGGAAUUCCAACUCCCCGCCAAUGCCAAUCCUGCUGGUAGCAAGAAUAUCGUUAUGUUCAGCAGCAUCAAGCCUGCUCCGGGUCCUACUGACGGCUGGGGCCCUGGAAACUAG